AUGACGGCUGUGUGGCAGGAGGUGAGACGGCAGCUUCUUAAUGUUAUAAAGACUGCCCAUUUUAUGAAUCCAGCAGGCCAAGAGGUAUAUUUUGAUAUAAAUGGUGACAUGCCAAAUCAGCUUGACAUUCAGAACUUUCAGUUUUUCUUGAAUGGAACAAGUCGGAUUGCAAAAGUAGGCAUCUUCAGAUCCUGGGCCCCAGACGAACAGCAGAUUCAAAUAGAUACAACAGCCAUUUUAUGGACUGCUGGUGCUAUAGAGGUCCCACAUGCUGUGUGCAGUGAAAGUUGUGGUACAGGAUACAGGAAAGCGACUGUUAAGAGGCAGCCCAUAUGCUGCUUUGACUGCAUACUAUGUUCUGAGGGGAAAAUAUCAAACCAAACAGACAGCAAUGACUGCAUAACAUGUCCUGUUGAUGAGUGGCCAACCUAUGAACAAGACAAAUGUAUCCCUAAAACCAUCGAGUUUUUGUCUUACAAGGAGGAACUGGGGGCAUCAUUAGCUACUGUCAGUGUCUUAUUUACUGCCCUCACAGCUUCUGUUCUGUGUGUCUUUAUAAAGUUCAGAGACACUCCAGUUAUCAAGGCCAACAACCGAGACCUGAGUUAUCUGCUAUUGCUUGGUCUCUUUCUUUGUUUCCUCUGUUCAUUGUUAUUUAUUGGUCGUCCUGAGAGAGUAACUUGCCUAAUACGCCAGUUUGCUUUUGGUGUGAUUUUUACUUUCAGUGUCUCCUGUGUAAUGGCAAAAACAAUCACAGUCAUUGUUGCUUUCACUGCCUCCAAACCCAGCAGUUCCAUGAAGAAAUGGGUUGGGCCUAAGACACCAAGUUUACUGAUUGUCCUGUGUUCACUAGGCCAGGUUGUAAUAUGUGUUGCCUGGUUGUUUAUACUUCCACCUUUUCCCAGUAAAAAUAUGAAGAUAAAACUUGGAAAAAUAAUAGUGGAAUGCCAGGAAGGAUCAUCCAUAGCAUUUUCUUGCAUGCUGGGAUACAUGGGACUUUUGGCAGUGCUAUGUUUAGUAAUAGCAUUCCUUGCAAGAAAGCUGCCAGAUACCUUUAAUGAAGCCCAAAUGAUCACCACUAGCAUGUUCAUUUUCCUCAGUGUUUGGACAUCUUUUAUCCCUGCUUACCUGAGCACUCAAGGAAAGUACAUGGUCGCCGUGGAGGUGUUUGCCAUCUUGGCAUCAGGUGCUGGGUUAUUGUGUUCAAUAUUCCUUCCUAAAUGCUACAUUGUGCUGCUAAGGCCUGAGAAGAACACCAGGAAACACAUAACUGGAAAGGCAAACACCAGUGCAAAAUAA